GCAUUGUAUGCUCACGAGAACGAGAAACUGCUGGAAAUUUGAUCAGUUAUCUUUGGAAUCACCUUUUGUCUAGAAACACGAAGAAGAUGGCUGGAAGAUUAAAAGGAAGUUUAACGGAAAAGGUUGGUGAGAUCAAGAGAAUGCAGAGCAAUUGGAUGAGAGAACGAUCUCAAAACAUUGAUGGUCGAGAGAGCAUGGGUGAAGCACUUGAAGGAGGUGGAGAAAGGAAGGGCCGAGACAAGAGUGCCAGAAAAUCUGCUCAGACAAAUGAUAAAUCAGGGUCGGAAACGAUGUCCUGGAGUAUGGGCAAUUCUAAAAAGAAACCCCCAUCAACUCAAAAUUCAACAAAACCAUCCACCAAGCAGCAGACACUAAGAACACGAUCGGCUUCCCCGGCUCGGAGUGCGACAAAUUCCGCAAAGAAGAGUCCAUCUGCGUCAUCAUCAUCAGCUGCUAGUAAGAGGAAUGGCUCCUCAUCCAGGCCUUCAAGUGCAAGGAGUACUGCUAGCGAAGGGUCACGUCCUCCUUCUGGUAGGAACUACCCAUCAUCAUCACAACCAGAUAAAUCAGCCAGGACAGAUCACAAGAGAAGGGUGGGUGAUAAUGACAGCAUUUCUUUAGGUACAAGGGAGAGGACUGAUGUUCGGUCUACCCGAGGAGAUUUAGGGGAUAGGUUCCAUUCGGAGCCAAACUUGAAUAACUUUGAAGGUUCUGAUAGGGGUGGUGAGACAAGUUCCAGGAGACUACAGGGGGAUAUGGGGGACUAUGAUAGUACGAGAGGGGUACAGUCAACACAUUCCCUAGGCCAUAGUAAACAAACAGUCGAUGACCAACGCAUGGUGAGAGAUAGCCAGACGUCCAGUCAGGUUGACGGCAGCGCGUUGGAGAGAAGACCACGGCCAAAACCUUCUUUGGAUCCAGAUGCCUUUGACAGGCUAGCUGACCAGAUUGCUACCAGGGUGAAGGCAGAGAUGAAGGAUGAGAGACAGGAGUUGAUUCGCCAAUCAGGAUAUCCUCAGAACGUCCUGGAUGAACCCAAUGAUCAGCCAGAAGGAUACAUUGAAGGACAUCACUGCUGUAAAUGCAAGCAGUUAAUGAUACCACCUGAUCAUUCUGCAACUCUCCUGGUUCCGUGUGGACACACCCUCUGCGAAGCAUGUGCAGAAGAUAGAAUCAAAUGCCCAACUUGCAGAACGAGAGUCACCUCAACGUCACUGAAUUCAACUCUCCAAGAAAUCAUCUCCUCCUCGAGACCCAACUCUGGAGCUUGCCCUCUUGCCUCCCACUCUCAACCACUGACCAAUCACAGAACUCCCUCGGAUGUCAAUCAAAAUCACGUCUCAACUCAUUCGACCAAUCACUACCCAGACAGCCACAGAACUCAACAAUACACGCCUUCUCAAUAUGCAGAUGAGGGACAAGUCCAUUCAAGACCAGAGGGGGGAACCGAGCAUCUUACUAGAGGGUUCAAUAAUAAUGAUAAUAAUGCAAGGACGAGAGAAAGUAAGGAUGCAGGAAGUGAGAAGGUCGAUGUUGCGCGUAGCAGGAGGAAGAUGAGCCCGGAAGAAGAAGCGAGGAAGCUGGAGGAUGAAUACCAAUCACUUGGUAUCCGAUGCGAAGCUUUGGAGAGUGAAGAAGCAGAUGUAGUGGAGAGGGUGGAGAAACAAAACCAAGAAAUUGCCAAACACAAGCAACAAAUGGGCAACAUAUCACAGAAACAGCAGCAUCUGAGGGAUGAAAUAAAAGGUCUGGAGAAAAGAUUAGCUGGCCUUGAAGGUCAUCGGCAGGAAUACAAGAGACAGGUGGAGGAUGCAGAGGACAGGAAGAGGGAGGAGCUUGACCAGCUUGCGAUGGUCCGCACCCUGCUGAGGGACAAGCAAAGGAAUCGUGAGAGGGUCAAGAUGUCUGCAAGAAAGUUGAACGUUUCUCUUGACUGAACACUCUGAUUUGGACUACUUGUAAUGGACCCUCUACAAUCAAAUGAGGGGGUUAUCCCAUGGUGCAAACUAUGCAAAUAUUAAGUGCUGUCCGAUAUUUAUUUAUUGCCUUGUGUUCAAGGCCAGUUACUGAAAAUAAUAUGUAAAGUAAUAAUUAAAUCCAUAACAUUGUGGUCUCUGUUUCAGCCAAUUGUGGGUGCCCAUGUGUCCCCGGGCGCCUGUUGGUGUCAAGUCCUACCUAGUAUGUAAAAGAUCUACAAUUGUCUCUAAGAUCAGUAAAGAAUUGAUUGGUAUACUACAAAGUUGAAGUUCCAUUAUCGUCUGUCUUUAGUCCUAUUCUUCAAAUACAGGGUGUAUGUAUUAUAAGAUGAUAUCAUUGCAUGUAAUAAAGGACUUACCAAACCUUGGUUGCAGUCGGAAACAUUGAGCAAUAUAUUAUAAAUAUACCUGCAUGUGUUCCUGUAAUUGGCAGUUUUGUCACAUUGCAUGAAUUUGAGGGGAAAGUAUUCUUCAGCUUCUUGUGGUCUAUGAUACAAAACCAAUCCCAAUCAUUCGAAAUUGCAAGAUAAUAAUGAUAAUAAUCUGGAUCUAUAUACAUGUAGCACUUGGUACAAAAUACUGUCUCUAUAAAGUGCUUUGCAGAUAAUCCAGAUAUUAUUUUUUGUGUGUUGAAAUAUACAAUACACUAGAUACAAAAAGAAGACUUUGAUAUGUAAUAUUAAUGGAUUGUUUGUCAAAAUCUCUUGUACUCUUAGACCUUGGUCUAAUCAUCAGAAAGUAAGUUGCAAAGGAAUUGUGUGAUCAAUAUUAUGGAUGAUUUUGCACUUUUCUCUCUGAUAUUACAUUAACAACAAGGGUUGUUGAUAUUUAUGACAAUCUUGAAUAACUAUACCCACCCCCUGAAAUCAUUAGUUUUGUACAUAAGUCAACCAGGGGAGUGUUUCACAAAGACUAAGAUUGACUUUAAGUUUGACUUAAAUAUGGUAGGCCAUUCAUGCCACUGU